CCAAUCAGAUCACAGAUGCUGUAACCUCAACAAAUAAAGUUCCACAGCAAGAGUGCCACUGUAGUUUGUUCCCUGAGAGACCAAGCUGGUUUCCUCAUCUGCUGUCCAUCGUUUCCUCAUCUCAAGAGGGCAAGCAGUUAUCAGCGAGCAUCCAGCAACAACUUCUGACCUUAAUACACAGACAUCAUGAAGGUGGCAUCAUUCAACAUUCAAAAAUUUGGGAGAACCAAGCUCUCUAAUCCAGACGUACUCAGCAUUCUUGUCAAGAUUGUUUCACGUUACGAUGUUGUUGUGAUUCUGGAGGUGGUUGACGCAUCUGGAGAUUCAGUGGACACCUUCAUGGAGGUGCUUAACAAGGUGAAUAAGAAACAUCAUUACACCUUAAAAAUCAGCAGUCGCCUGGGAAGAAGCCGCUAUAAGGAGCAGUUUAUGUUUUUAUACAGGGACGAUCUGGUGAAUUUAGUGGAAUCAUACCAGUAUGCAGACAAGCAGCCUGGAGAUGAGGACGUGUUUGAGCGGGAACCCUACAUUCUACGCUUCCGCUGCCGCAAUACUGUGCUUAAAGACCUAGUUAUGAUCCCUGUACACACCAAGCCAGAAGAUUCAGAGAAGGAGUUGGAUGAGAUCUAUGAUGUUUUUCUGGAUAUUAAGAAGAAAUGGAGGACAGAUAAUGUCAUGAUAUUAGGUGACUUCAAUGCAGAUGGAUCUUAUGUAUCCAAAAAAGACAUGAAGGAAAUUCGCAUUCGCAGUGAUAAGAACUUUCACUGGCUCAUAAGCGAUGAUGUGGACACCACAGUAAACAAAGGCAAUGAUAACACCUAUGACAGGAUUGUGGUGUAUGGAAAUGACAUGCUGGAAGCUGUGGUCCCAAACUCUGCCAAACCAUUCAAUUUCCAAGCAGCUUAUGGACUUUCGACUGAGCAGGCCCUGAAAGUGAGUGACCACUACCCAGUGGAAGUGGAGCUGAAAAGGAGCACAACCACACGCCAGAGUACCGGGGAACUGAAAGCUGUUGACGAGACCCAACUAUUGGACUUUGCAGGGCGGAGAGACGACCAGGAGAUAAAGAAGGGGAACCUGCUUGAGCGCGAGAAGCUGAACUUGGAGAUGGAGACGCUGAGGCUUAAAAUGGCCAAGCUGGGGCACCAGGACGCCCAUUAGACACAGACCGCUCUGUGGUCCACUGCGGUUACAUCAUGUAGUGCAAGUACAGUGCUAGACCCAUGCUAAUAAUAGACAACAUUUUGUACAAUCAGUCACACUACUUUACAAAUGUGAAGUUUCACUAGAUGCCAAGACAUUUAUUUUUAAUUUUCUCUCUUCACAAGAGACAUGAAGUCAUCCUGUUAUGUGUAUUAAAAAUAUUCCAAAUCUGGACCCAAAUAAAAAGGGGGACAUUUCUGAGGUAUUCCCCAGGUUUGUAA